ACGUUCUUCGCUCUUCACGUCCACCAACACCACGACCACGACUACCACUCUUCUCCCUCAAAUAUGGCCGAAUCAUCCAAAGCUGCUUCUAACGGUGUGAAGGCGAACGCCAACGGCACGCCUUCCAACUAUGAGCUUCCAUGGGUGGAGAAAUAUCGUCCCGUCUUCCUCGACGACAUUGUCGGCAACACCGAAACCAUCGAACGCCUCAAGAUCAUUGCGAAAGAUGGCAACAUGCCCCAUGUCAUCAUCAGCGGAAUGCCUGGGAUUGGAAAAACCACCUCCGUCCUCUGCCUUGCCCGCCAGCUCCUCGGGGAAGCCUACAAAGAAGCCGUCCUCGAACUCAACGCUUCUGACGAGCGUGGUAUCGAUGUCGUGAGGAACAGAAUCAAGGGGUUUGCUCAAAAGAAGGUCACUCUUCCGCCCGGGAGGCAGAAAAUUGUCAUCCUGGAUGAGGCGGAUAGUAUGACCAGUGGAGCGCAGCAGGCUUUGAGAAGGACAAUGGAGAUUUAUUCGGGCACAACGAGAUUCGCGUUCGCGUGUAAUCAGAGCAACAAGAUUAUUGAGCCUUUGCAAUCGAGAUGCGCGAUCCUGAGAUAUGCGCGUUUGACGGAUGCGCAGGUGGUUAAGAGGAUCAAUCAGAUCUGUAAGGCAGAGAACGUGCAGUUCAGUGAUGAUGGGCUUGCGGCGUUGGUGUUCAGUGCGGAGGGAGAUAUGAGGCAGGCCAUCAACAACUUGCAGAGUACGCAUGCUGGCUUUGGAUUCGUGAAUUCGGAUAAUGUGUUUCGAGUGGUAGAUAGUCCGCAUCCGAUCAAGGUGCAGGCUAUGAUCAAGAGUUGUCAUGAACGGAAUGUGGAUGAGGCAUUGGACGCUCUGAAGGAGUUGUGGGGACUGGGCUACUCGUCCCACGACAUCAUCAGCAGUAUGUUCAAAGUGACAAAAACGAUUCCUUCGCUCGCAGAGCACACGAAGCUGGAAUUCAUUCGUGAGAUUGGAUUCACUCACAUGCGGAUCUUGGAGGGAGUACAGACCUAUCUUCAGCUUGCUGGGUGUAUAGCUAAGCUCUGCAAGUUGAACAUGAAGCCAGAGCUGUUCGUUGCACCCAAGAAGUGAGGGGAGAGGUGUCUGUCUGAUCUGAGACGGGCGACGCGUAUAUACUGCUUAUUAGCGCGGCGUUGGUGGAUGUGAAUGGGAAAAUGGACGAUUGGUCUUGAUAUCUUUUGCAUGAAAACUCUCAGUAGGGCACGCGCUCGCUCUGUCGGGAGACAAUUGGUGACAUGAUUGCGUGCUCGGGUGUAGGUUGGCGCAGCUACUGGCCCGCCUUGAGUGAAGUCGCUCCCCACUUCCAGACAUCAACAUGACCUUUACGACUUCUACGACCACCACAUCACAAAGCAUGACAGAUCCUGUGGACAAGCUGCGUGCGAUCGCCGAGGUACUAACUUUGUGCGAAGACUGCGAAUCAAGAAUACUGGGUCAGCGGCGCCAGCGACCGGC